CUUCGGUAAUGAUAUUUAAACGUUCUUUGAAGCAGAUAAGAGGAGUCGUGACGGCGGAGGCGGUGUCAGUGUUGUACCAGAGGAAAGAGCGCCCUCGGCUCAGUACGUCCUCGCCUCCAACUGCGGCUGACAGGGUAAUUUGAGCAAAUAGCAGUAGGGGAGGAGAUGAGCUGAAAGAAAAAUAAGAAAAAGGAAGAGAGGAAAACAAAGAGGAAGAAGUAAGGGCACAGCUCGUCGGCGUCCUGAACACGUGGAGCCACAUGAACCCAGUCUAUCGUUUAGCUGGGACCUUGGGGGUUCCCGUAGCUCUAGACCUCUUGUGCGGAAUGAAAAUUUGGCACUAAUUCAUUAAUUUUCUGUGUGCUUUCUCUUUGAAAGUUAGUUUGUUAAAAAUCGAAAAGUUUAAUAACUUUUGGCGAACUGGGAUAUGGGAAUGAGUUACUUUGAGUAGUCAGUACCGGUGGAUUUUUUCCGAGUUUUGGAUUUUGGGAAACUAAGGAAAAGAAAGAAAGAAACAUGCGAGUCGAUCCGAGAGAUAGCAUGGAGUUGUCGUGGACGAGGAGCGUUAAACCCGGGUGGACGAUGCUGAUGCACACGCUGCUAAUUUUCCUAUUUACUGGUCGUGGUUCGGCGGAGUGUGACGACUGUGUGGAAUACUGCUGCGAUGGAGACCCUCCGUUCUGCUGCUCGUACUACGCCUAUGUGGGGGAUGUGCUCUCGGGCACGGCGAUAUCAGGAAUAGUGUUCGGCGUCGUGUUUCUGAUGGGGGCCGUGGCCGCCAUCUUCCUGUGCGUGUGCAUGUGCGUGAAGAACGGGCGGGGCGCGCGGGUGGGCGUGUUCCGAGCCUCCCGCAUCAACACCGUGUGCAACGGGUACCCAGGCCCUCCCCCACCCUACAGCUAUGACUAUGAGAUGAACCCACAUGACAUCCUACCGCCUCCCUAUACCCCCACCGCCCCCAGGACUGCAAGCUACUCCCCCCCACCACCUUACCCAGGCUGCACCCGCAAGUAGCCCUGCUUAGCCUGGCUGGUCCCCAGGCUUCCUGCUGGACUGAUGUUUUAAUAGCCCGUCGCGGACAAUACUGCAGUGAGCAGUACUGAGACCGCCUUCCAAAAGCAACAAGGCGUUGCCUGAGAAGUCUGCUUCUAACGUGGCAACUGCAUUAAAAAAAAGAAACACACGCACACACCCCACUGACCUUUGACCCCUGUGUAUGCGGGUGAGCUGGGAGGGACGUUGGCCUCACUGAAUGUGUAGGAGACCCAGUGAGCUGCCUGUCCUCUCUGGGUUCGUUCCAAUUGCUUAUUUUAUCCGUCCUCGUCGCCUGCGUGACGUGCAAAUGAUCGACCUGUGGAGUCACCUCACCCCAUCCGCCAAGUCUAAUUGACGUGGCUUCAGACUGACGCUUGACUGAGCUGGGACGCUCCUUUCCCCUGAUGCAUUUCCUCAGUUCCUGUGUCCUCGCACCCUGUUCUCACCUCCUUUCCUUGCGUCCUCCGCUGGGUGGAGAGAAGGAGCGAGGGAAGAACGUGAGGAAGAGGUUGCGAUCGGAGUGAAAAUAAGCGAUUAGAAUGAGCUCUGAGCCUCGAGACGUGUGCUGUGACCUACAUGUGCAGCUCUAACCCCCCCCCCCCCUCCCGACUGCUCCCCUGGUGAGCCUCACGUGGGGGGCUCUGGGGGGGUGGUGACGGCACAGCAGGCCCAUUAGGCACGUGUCCCAGGAGGAGCAGCAGCGUCUGUCUGCCUGAGACAUGUGUCGCUGUGCGUCAGCCGUCCUGCUGCCUUAGACCCCUCUCUCUGGGCCCCGCCUCCCACGCAGCGCCUGGGCCGCAUAUUUAUUUAUAUAUUUAUUUAUUCAUUCCUCUCCCUGCUGAAGAGUGUGAAUACAGAAACUGUGUAAUGUAUGAUGAUGAUGAUGAUGAUGAUGAUGACUGUAACAGACCGAAAAGCUGAUGUGAAGAAACGGAGGUUACGUUUCCUCUGCUGCGCCUAACCCCUGGAUGAUGAACUGAACCAGGGCCCAGUGCCCAGGGAGACUUGCACAAAUCCUGGAGCCAAAUGCAUUGCUUCCCGUUGGCACCUUAUUUCUGUGGCAGUCUUGCACUUCCACAUCAUUUGCUGCUUGGAGAGAACUGAGACACUGUCAGUCCUCAGAGAGAGGCAACCCUGUCUGACAGCCUGUAAUGGACCGUGACUGGGGGCUAGUCCCUCUUUCCUGAAACAAAGGCCCAUGUUGUGUUUUUUGGUUUUUUGUUCCCCCGCCCCCUAAUGUUGCAGAUUCUGAGAAAAAUGGCUGCCCUUUAACACGGUCUGGACAUUGGUUCCUGUUCAUUGAGCCCACUGUGACUGCUGAUCCGCAUGUUCGCUGAAGCAGAAUUUGUGCAGCAUCGAUCUGUAGAGCCAGCCCGGCGCAGUACACCGGCAGCAGUGUGGAGACGUGAGGAGGAUGAAGGUGAAGAGUCUGGACUUAAACCGCACCGGCUGAGCCUCUCUGACCUUGAGGGAUCUGAAGGCUUUUUCAGUUUUGCAUUUUUAUACCACUUUCUUAUCUGGCCUCGGAAGAGAUUGAGGUGUUCUCGAUCUGCAUAUUUAAAUGUUAAGAGUAUUUUGUUGUAUUAUUGUUUAUAAAAAAUGUUUUUGUAUGCAUCACAAGGAAUAAAAUGGCAGUGAGAAGUC